AUGAGGGCCGCACCGCUGCUCAUCUCAUGGCACAACGACAAUGCCCCGAUCUAUUCCGUCCAUUUCGACCCCAAUGGCAAGGGCCGUCUAGCUACGGCUGGAAAUGACAACAAUGUUCGAAUUUGGAGAGUCGAGUCGACCGGCGAGGAACGCAAGGUCACCUAUCUGAGUACUCUAAUAAAGCACACACAAGCGGUCAAUGUGGUCCGGUUCAGUCCGAAAGGUGAGAUGCUGGCAUCGGCCGGAGACGACGGCAAUGUCUUGCUCUGGGUGCCCUCAGAACUACAGACGCAAGCGCUGGGCGAGGAUCCCUCAGACGAUAAAGAGACAUGGCGCGUGAAACAUAUGUGCCGCUCGUCCGGCGCGGAGAUCUACGACUUGGCCUGGUCCCCGGAUGGGGUGUUCAUCAUCACGGGGAGCAUGGAUAAUAUCGCUCGAAUCUAUAAUGCCCAGACAGGGCAAAUGGUACGGCAGAUCGCAGAACACUCUCACUACGUACAAGGCGUGGCCUGGGAUCCGCUCAAUGAAUUUGUUGCAACACAGUCCUCCGACCGCUCCGUGCACAUCUACAGCCUGAAAACAAAGGACGGACAGUUCACCUUGACGUCGCACGGGAAGAUUCUCAAGAUGGACCUGCCGGGCAAACGCAUCUCCUCCAGCAGCCCAGCACCCCCAGAUAUGACAAACAGACCUCCACCAAGCACAACCAGCUCCAUUGCCAUUGCAUCUCCUGCUCCUUCGACUCCGGGAACUCCAAUGGCUUCGCAUUUGCCGAUGGACCCUCCUCCCGUGUCGCACAGCCGGCGUUCAUCGUUUGGCUCGUCUCCAUCGAUCCGACGCUCGGCCUCACCAGCCCCGUCAUUGCCGUUGCCUGCGGUGAAACCGCUGGACAUUUCGUCUCCGAGCCUUUGGGGUGGGCUCGCGGUCAAGAACGCCAAUCUUUACGCAAAUGAGACGUUUACGUCCUUCUUCCGGCGAUUGACAUUCACCCCCGACGGGAGCCUGCUGUUUACGCCGGCUGGCCAGUUCAAGACCCUCCACGCGUCAGCUACAGACCCGGCGAAGACCACGGACGAGAUCAUCAAUACCGUCUAUGUCUACACGCGAGCGGGCUUCGGCAAACCGCCCAUCGCCCACCUUCCUGGUCACAAGAAACCAUCUGUGGCCGUCAAAUGCUCGCCGGUGCAGUACACACUGAAGCAGAACGCUCAGCCUGUUAAAAACAUUACCCUAGAUACGUCGUCUGGGGAGGAUAUGUUCCCUCCAUUACCUGAUUCCGUUGUUCCGACAGGUUCAAAUCAGCCCCCGAAGGAGCAGCCUCCGUCAUCAGCUCCGGCUGCUGGCGAGGCCUCCAAGUCACCGAAACCUGAAAACCAGGGCAGUGACGCCAGCCAAAGCUCUAUGACUCCGGUCUUUGCGCUUCCCUACCGUGUAGUAUAUGCCGUGGCCACGCAAGAUGCUGUCCUUGUCUAUGAUACGCAACAGCAAACUCCGCUUUGUGUUGUGAGCAACCUGCAUUUUGCUACCUUUACCGAUCUUACCUGGUCUAAUGACGGUUUGACAUUGAUCAUGAGCUCCUCCGAUGGAUUCUGCUCUGCUCUCUCCUUCGCGCCCGGGGAACUGGGCCAGCUGUAUACGGGGUCGACCUCGACAGCUCACCACCCUGUCAGCUCGGCUCAUUCGUCUGCGACCAUCACCCCUCUGCCAACACCAACACACGUCCCAUCCCCAAUCAAAACGAGCCACCAUGCGCCAUCAACCAGUACCGGGUCCGCAGGGCCUGCUGCACCCAGCACAUCCCAAGCUCGACCCGCCAGUCCUACGCGGUCCAACUCGGCCAGCUCAGUGGCAACGCCACAAUCUACAUUACAAAGUACCACAAUGUUCAACAACCCAACCCCAACACUCGGGUCUGUCCCACUGGUGACAGCAACGCACUCGGCCCAGCCCGCCGCACUCCCUCUCACCACGCCACCACAAACCCCCAUGUCCGCCGGUCCAACAGGCGGCGCUGCUAACACGACCAGCGCCAGCAGUAGUGUGUUAGGGAAACGCGAUAUCCGAACUGCCAGCGACGCAGAGAAGGAGGACUGCAAAAAUGCGGAGUCGGGUGCCGCACAACAGCCGAAGAAGCGCCGGGUCGCGCCGACGCUUGUCUCGACGGGCACCGAGUCCGAGUCCGCGCCAAAAGAUGAUAGUCGGAAUGCGGACGUUGGGGGGUGA